AUGUCUGGAAAUAGAGCCGCCGUGGUGGUGCCUGGCCUCCAGCAUCUAGAACACGCGGUGCCCCGCAACCACAGCCUCUGAUGGGUGCCAGAUAUGACUCACCACGAGACCUUCGGGGGGAGAGGGCGGACUGGGACCGCCAGGACCUGAGGGAGGAGUUUUACCCUGACCGCAGGGAGUGGGACAGCAGACAUGAUGAGAGGAGGGACUAUCCCCCUCCCCCCAGGGACGAUCGCUUCCUGGACCGGCCUGAUGACAGGUUCAGGGACAGUCGCUAUGAAAGAAAAAAUGAUGAUAGAAGAGAUGACAGUAGGUCAAAGAGAGAUCGCUAUGGCGAUGAUAGGUCAGAGAGAGGGGAUAGGGACAAGGGCGAUUCUCUCGGAAGGUCAGACUAUGACAGAGAUCGUAGGAGUGGGGCAUCUAUAGACAGAAGGCAGGAUUUGUCUCAGGACAGAAAAGGGGACAUAAGGGAUCGCAGAAGGGAGGGGUCACCUGACAGACAGCUAGGGGGCCCAUCAAGGGGAGCAUCUAAAGAGAAGCACCGUGAGGAGGGAGACAGAAGGAAGGAGGAGGCAGGUGAUAAAAAAGGGGAGCGAUCAGUGGAUAGAAAGAGAGAAGAAAAAAGGAGGGAUGAAAGAGGGAGAGGGACAAGUGAUUGA